AUGCAAGAAACGGAAGAGAAGGGGAAGGAGGAAGUUCGAUACCGUGGUGUUCGGAGACGGCCUUGGGGGAGGUAUGCGGCCGAGAUACGCGAUUCCACUAGGCAAGGAGCACGCUUGUGGCUCGGAACAUUUGAUACGGCGGAAGAUGCGGCAAGGGCCUAUGACCGGGCUGCAUUUAGAUUAAGGGGUCAUCUUGCAAUCUUGAAUUUCCCUAAUGAGUACUUCCCUCAACUCCCAAACGCCCCUCCUCUUCAAAAUCCCUCAAUUUCGUCGUCAUCACCCUCAUCGACUUCGACUUCGGGUCCUUCCACGGGAGGACAAGAGAAAAUUGAACUGGAGUAUCUGGAUGAUAGUGUGUUGGAGGAGCUCCUUGAAUCAUCAGAAGAGCAGCAGAAGAAAUAA